CCCAAGGCUGCCUGACACUGCAGAUUCCUCUCCCAAACCCCCUUCAUUGUUCCUAUGAAAACCACAGAUAAUCAGAGGAAAGCCUUGCGUGAUGUGAGGUUGAGAAAAGAGGACAACAUCGUGUUCCGGGUUGACCUCAUCAUGGCCUAAAUGUCACAUUCCCAUCGUUCUUGACUGCAGCAGCCCCCGACAUACAAAGCAUCAAUUUUCUUAGUAUGUGAGGCUUGUUCCACCCUCCUUCCAUUCAGUCUUCUAAAGAGCCUCAUUUGAUGAGGUUGUUGGCAUUGGACAUAACAAGGAUUUGUAUCCCGUGGAAGUUUGUGAUAACGAGGGAGAUGAAUAUUCAUGGAAAUGAGAGGUCACACAUAUCCCACAACUGUCCCAAUUUAAGCGGGACAUCCUGGAAUCACAGAAGCCAAUUCCAACUUCUGAUUGCAUCCCAGAAGGUCCCGUUUUUUGGUCUGGCGCGAGUCAGCAGGGUCACACCAGAGAGCCAGACCGGAAGGUGCUCUGGCAUGAUCCCAAGUUUGGGGACAAAAAUGUUGGAGAGUAUGUAGUUCCAUGCUUGCUUUUCUUCCCAAUACAGGGCUACAAGAGACAGAGAGAGAAAGGUGUAGUGCUUAGAGUGUCAGACUAGAACCAGACCACGAAGCUCACAGGGCUACAAAUCUCACUGUUCUUUUCAGCACAUUUCUCCAUCACUUUCCUAACUGCAAAAGUCCUCUUUUUUAAAAGAAAGAAAGAUUUGUUGCAGUAGAGUGACGGAAUCCUUUAACCCACUUUAAAUACACAAGCCAAAAUUUAUGGUAUGUGCUUGAAUCCCUCACACAAAACAGCAACAGUCUGGAGACAUCCAGAGUAUUUACUGCAUGGGGAAGGCGAUAAUUUAAAAUCAAAAUAGAAGAAAGUGAUCACUCAAGCUGGUACUGUUGCUGAGGCACCAAAAGUAUGUGCCUCAGAGAGGUGUUAUAAUCUUUAUGUGUGUGGUAACACUGUGGGGUUAUUACUACAUUAUUUUUCUUGUUGGGCAACCCCUGCCCGCCCCCAGCCCUGUGGUGCUUAUGUUGACAAGGCACCUUUUGAACAACUAAAAGCCACCUGUCAGGCAGGCAGGGCCAGUGUGUUUGAGCACAGCUCCCUUAGCAACCAGCCUGCUUUGUUUCCUUGCUUGUUUUGGCUGCCACCAAGCAGUCGGGGCCUUGCAAUGGAUCGGAGGGGCCAAGGGACCGCCUCCCCACCAGUGCACUUCAUUCAGCAACCAGUAAGUCAUCGUUGCAGGCUGGGGGAAUCGAGAGGGAGCCAGAGUUGCGCCCCUGAAUGAGCAGCAGAGAGGAGAAUCCCUCGGGACUCUGAAAGAUCUGAUUUAUCCUCCCCACAUCCCACAAAAUAAUCCCUAGGUUGCAGUAGGAUGCUGGCUGCAGGGACGGGGUGCAAAAUUUAAAAAUUCUGGAACAGACUAUUUUAUGCUGUGUCAUCACUAAAUCUGCAAUAAUCCCCACAGCUACAAAUUGAGGUUGGAAGAAUAACCAGAGAGGGUUGGGGAGCUGGUGCUGCUGGGGCAUUGAAACAUUUGGGUCAGUUGCCCUGUGCUAAGGAAAUUAAUGAAGCUUUUUUAAAAAUAAAAAAAGUUAAUUACCUUUGGAGGGGAUUCUGCAGGAUCAUCUAGCAGUUAAACCCUCCUGCUGUCUUCUGUCUCAGAGAUAAACCCCAUGACCCAAUUGGGAGGCAGUCCGCAAACUGCCUCAUUGGAUCCUGUCAAUGAAUUUCCCUCCUUCUGCCCUGGACUUCGCAUGUGGGAACUGACCCCACACAGCAAUUAGGGGUUGGGGAAAACAGUUCCACCACCACCACCCUUGCCUUGAAAAUCCCCCAAGGAAUAGGAUUACACAGCCUCCUUAGGCAAAGGGGAGAGCCACACAGUAUAUUUUAAAGCUCAUUCAACACACAUUUAAAGCACAUGACUUUGUCCAAAGAACCCUAGGAAGUGCAGUUUCACUCUAACAGAGCUGCAGUUCUUGACAAACUACAGUUCCUGGGAUUUUUUGGGGGGUGAUACAUAAAAGUAUGGCUUGGAGCCGCCCCAAAUGUUGCAGAGCAGAGCCUAUGCUUCAUUCCAUACGCUCUUCUGUAUGGAUGGAUGAGGAAUCCAAGGGCAAACCAAGGCCAGAAUCUUUGUAAAAGGUGUUCUUGCACAGAGUCACAACCUCCUACACUUAGUGCCAAUAGAUAUAUUGCCUCCCUAGACAGCUGCUUGGGUUUCUUGCACAGUCAGACCAGUAUUUGGCAAAAGGGGGGCCUUCUCACACACGAAGCUAAGGGGGGCAGGUGAUGUAGGGGACACAUGAAGUGUCUCCUGGUGUGUGUGUGUUUGUGUGUGUGUGCACGCACACACUUUUAUAAAUGUUGCUGCCGUCGCCAAAUGUUCCAAAAGGAAUUCAGUUGGAAACAGGGCAUGCUUAAUCCACUCCCAAGGCUGAUUUUCUAAUCAAAAACCCACCUUGUUGUGCUUCCCCACCCAGAGGGGAAACAAUGCUGGGUCCAUGGUUUUCCCACCCCAUGCUAGGAGAAAAUCAGCAGGAGGGGGGGGAUUAUUAGGAAAGAACAAUAGGAAGCUUCCUUAUAUUGAGUCAAACGACUGGCCCAUCAAACUCACUAUUGUCUACACAGACUAGCAGCAACACCCCAGGAUUUCAGGGUCUCUCCCAGACCUACCUGGAGAUGUCAGGGAUUGAACUUGGGACCUAUAGCAUGCAAAUCAUGUGCUCUGCCAUUGAGUGAGCAGACAGUCCAUGGGGAAAGGUUUAAGCACCCCAUCGGCCCACUGCUGCCCUCAUCAGAUUUGGAGAUCAUCCUCCAUUUGGUUGCAGAAAAUUGUCUGUCUUGCUAUCGUACCCAGUUUGGCUCUUGCAUCAAGACUUCUCAUUAAAUAAAUGUGUAACUUGAUGGUAGAAAAGAAAAGAAAAGAGGAAAACCUGGCCCAAGAGGGAGCGGUGAAAUGACCUCCUAAGAAGAGACAGGAUUUAUUUGCGCAGACCGAUUCUUUUCUCUGACAUUAAUUCUCAGAUUCCGCAGCAGCCGGAGGUGACAAUUCUCCAGCAAUUGCCCUGGGCUACAUCUGUUCCUCCGACAUCCAGCAAGGCAGGGCACAUCAGGGAAGGUAGGAAACCCAGCACAAGAAAGCCAUGCCUGCCAUUAGCAGGAGUGUUUAAAAUUCUGCGCCAAAACCCACCCACCCCAAGGAUCCAGAAAGGCAGGGCUGAAUGUAAAUCAUCUGCAUCCCAAGACAGGCUUUAUAGCAGAUUGGAAGGCAAAAAAUAAAUGCACCAACCUCUCCACCUACCCACCCUUUCUAAAUACUCAGACCCUUAAAUGUGCAAUUUAAAUGUUGGCUGAAUUUUCGUUCUGUGGGCUAAGAUCUACAACUAAAUUUGCAGAGAAGGUGGUGAGUAGAGUUGCUGCUACCACCAGCGUAAUAGCAGGAACAGAAGAAGAAAUACUAUGUGGACACAUCGGGGGGGGGGCAACAGCCAGAGUGUAUUCGGGGCCACAGCAUUGGUGGCCUGUGCUGAGGGAAGCCUGUUGCUAGUCCUGUAGCCCAGAAAGGAAACAAGAUUUACAAAUCCACCAGCCAAAAGGAGCACAAUAUCAAGAUGAAAUAUCACCCCACAGACUGCACCCACCUGCCUCAACUGGGUUUUCAAGGCCUUCUGAAAACCUGAAGUUUGAUUAUGACUUUACAGGGGUCAGUUGUGAGUCCCAGAGUUGUGGCUUAGACUGCCAUGUGCAUAGAUGUCUGUCAUUGUGAUAUACCCAAUCCUUGUUUGAGAAACUUAAAAGGAGUGAUGUCAACUUCCCUUAUUCUUUCAACUGCAGGGAAAUUGUAUUCCCAUACAGUGCUACCUCAGGUUAAGUACUUAUUUUGUUCUAGAGGUCUGUUCUUAACCUGAAACUGUUCUUAACCUGAAGCACCACUUUAACUAAUGGGGCUUCCCGCUGCUGCCGCGCCGCCGGAGCACGAUUUCUGUUCUCAUCCUGAAGCAAAGUUCUUAACCCGAGGUACUAUUUCUGGGUUAGCGGAGUCUGUAACCUGAAGCGUAUGUAACCUGAAGUGUAUGUAACCCAAGGUACCACUGUACAGUAUAUUAGCUCCUAACUUAGUUCACAUAGUCUAAGCAUUGGUAUCUUCUUAACUAAGCUACUUCUCUUGUUUGUAGAAUUUCACUUGGUUAGCUCGCUGUCCAACACUUCACUGUACUGAAAGUGGAGAGAUUGUUUCACUGCCCAGCUAAUUUACAAGGCUUAUAUCUGCCAUUUGUCUUUGCAAAGUGCCAUCUAUGGCCCAGAACAUUCAUUUCACCCUUUCUUUCUGGCAGAUUUAAUGGAUCUCAUGAUGAUACAGAAUGCCCAGAUGCACCAAGUCAUAAUGAACAACUUGGCCAUGUCAGCAGUGGCGCACUUUGAAAACAGCCCAGCCCAGUCUCUGGCACAGGUAGGUAACUGAAAGGGAAAUGCUCUGUUCCACAGAUGGAGGAGAAUUUUGGUUAGUCCGCAUUUUUAAGCAAAGGAACCUAAUUUGCACUCCACCUAAUUUGCACCAAACUAAUCUGUAGGUUGGAAUGUAAUUUGGAAUUUGCACUUCUCUGAAUUUUGCAAUUCAGCUCAUAAACGAACCAAAAUGUGUUUAACCUGUUCGUUUUAGGGUAAAAUAAGUUUAGAACUGCAUGCAACAAGCUAAAAUAUGCAUUUAAGUACAUAUUUAAAUAUGAAUUUUCAUUUGGACUUUAAAAAAUGCAGGCUAAUGUGGAAAUUACGAACAAAAUGUGAGACACAGGGCGGAAAUAGGCUGAUCUGUCCAUAUUUUAAGUGGGAAAAGAGGUUGACAUUUUCUCCUUUCCUAAAUAAUCCUUCUGCCUUGCACCCCAGACACAGCCCUAUCACAAUCUAGCAUGGGGUUGGAGGACUUGAGAUCAAAGCUGGGAUUGGGAGCAGAGGCCUAGCAGAGUGGAGGGUUAGCUUAACUUUUAUUUUCUUUUGUCUGCUUCAACUCUGCCCCAACGACUCUUCUCCAUAAGAGAUAAAAUAUACCCGGUCGCCCUGGAGGAGGAAAGUGGGGUCGAUGUAUUCCAGUGGACAUUUCUCAAGCCUUUCACCCUCUCUUUCCUGCAGGUAUCCCACGUCCCUUGGCAGAUAGAAGAAGAGGAAGAGGAUGACCCAGCCCCCCUUGUGUUCCACCAUCAUUAUGCCCCCUACCCAAGCAUUAUUCCAUUCAUGGGAUGGCAGUCUCCAUCUCGGGUUCAGCAACAACCUGCCAUUCGCCAUGUAGGCCCAGACCUUCAGGUGAUGGGGAGGCAAGACAGGUCAGUGUAGCUGGAGAUGGGUUUAUGAGGAAAGGAUAGCACAAUCAAAUGUGGAGGGGCACAGAACUUCACGGAGAUGUUCAUAUCUGCAACUCAACACUCCAAACGUUGCAUUCAAAAAUAUAACACUAGCACAAGUAGUGAGAUAAUAAUAAACACUCACCACAAGACUUCCGGGACAACGAUGAACCUCACAGAGCUGUAAUUCCCAGCACCAAACUACAGUUCCCAGGAUUCUUUUUGUUGUUGGGGGGGAGUCAUGUGUUUGCAGCCAAUAUCUCCCAACUUCUCAUCAGACAGGGCAGAGCCAGCCCAAGGGAUUUCGCAGCAAAUAGUGCUUUGCCCCUGACCCCUCAAAGUCAAGGUGAGCAUAGUACCAAAGCCAGCCAGGUUAUUCUGGCACGUCAGGCAGAAAAUCCCGCUAGGAACCUCUCUCCCUACCUAGCCGUAAAAUCACACACACACUAAAUUUAAUAACUAACCAUUUGCUGCCUUAAAACCAAGUGCCUGUGGUGGCCACCUAAUGGUACUGCCAGGACGCUGCCCAUCCAAGUUCUUCUGCCUGAAUAAAUGGCACAGAUAUGGAUACGGGGCCUUUGUUCAUGAUCCAGCCCCCUUCUUUCAGUCCCGGAGAAGGACAAGGAGGUCUGUAGAGCCCUGAAACCCCUGCACUGUGUAGGCCUUCUUCCUUCGGCCUCCAGCAUUUUCAUCAGACAACUAGUAAGCAUGUCCAAACUUAAUUUUUGCUGCCAUCAUAAUAAGGCCUAGAAAAGUGACUUGGGGGGGAGCAAGACAUAAAAGAUGAUACUUUGGGGGUGCAGGCAUCUGUAAUUAUUAUUGUUGUUGUUGUUGUUGUUGUUAUUUAUUAAUUUAUACCCUACCCAUCUGGAUGGGUUUCCCCAGCCACUCUGGGCGGCUCCCAAUCAAAUAUUAAAAACACAGUACAGCUUUAAACAUUAAAAACUUCCCUAAACAGGGCUACCUUCAGAUGUCCUUUAAUACUAGGAUAGUUGUUUAUUUCCUUGACAUCUGGUGGGAGGGCGUUCCACAGGGCGGGUGCCACUACCGAAAGGCCCUCUGCCUGGUUAGCAUUAGCUAAGCUGAUUCUCCUACUUGCACUCCUGUGAGGAGUCCUGUGAGGCACACAGAAUUUCCAGUGGAGAUUUUCGCACCCCAGUUUUUACUAACUCUCCCAUCUUGACUUGUCCCAAUAGGGAACCAGUCCCUCCACCCCCACCACCAAGCGCCACUGGAACUGUGAUGGCCGAUGUCCCACCAGCUUCAGGUAAGGGUGGGUGCUGCAGGCUUUGAAGCAUCUGUUUCUGAAAUCCCCAGACAAUGCUAUUAUUUUCCCAAGCCUUUCCGUGCAAGUGGGCUUUUGGUAUCUCUUUGUCCCAGACAUCCUAAUGCUGGCACCAUGGCACCUUUGCCACCUACUUAAUGUCCUAUGUCAUUUUAGUCUACUGUGCUAAUCCUUUCCCAGCCUGGUGCCGUCCAUGUUUUGUUUUGUUUUGACUACAACUCCCAUCAGCCCCAGUCAUCAUAGCCAACAGGAUGAUGGGAGCUGUAGUCUUAAAAGCCUGGAGGAAACCAGCUUGGGGACAGCCGCUCUACACAAACUUAUUCCCUCCAGCUCCACCUGUUCAAUACUACUUCUACACAUUCCCUGCUUCCCCCAAAGUCCUGGAGCAGCACUACAGGAUUUAAAACACUGGAAAUAAGUUACUUUCAUAAUAUUUGCUUCAUCUACAGAUAUAUAAAAGGAGAGCCUAGGUGGAGGCAAACAGGCACUUCCACAGCAGGCGGCCAAUCCAUCAGCCCUGCUUCUCCAUUUGGCUUAUUCACAGCUCACUCAGCGUUCUUCCUUCCUUUAAAAAACAACAACAACCCUGCCCCAAAUUGUUUUCUAAAUUGGCUAUAAAUGGUUUCUCUUCCUCCUCCCACCAGCGGGAGGAUGCCACCUUCCUAAACCCUGAUGGGUGCUACAAUCCAGGGCUGUAGAGAGAUUCCCUGCCAGACAUUCCUGGCCGUUAAAGUCCAUUUCAAUUCUUUUGUUUCAGGACCCCGAUUAAGACGGCUCAACUCACAAUGCUAUUAAAUAUAUCUAAGAUAGACAGUGCUGGGGGGGGGGGAUCUGGGGCUACCUUUAUGCACUGGCAAGGCUGACAUAAGUGGUUCCUCCUUCCAGAAUACUAUGACUACACUGAGGCACAGAGGUGAGGUGAAAGUCUAACCUGCUUGAGCAUUUACAGAACAAGACGCAGGCCUCAAACUCCGCCUGGCUGCCCCUUCAGCAUCAGAGACUGAGCAAACCGCACUGCUGUGACAUGGAUAACUUGGUGGCAUAUUCCUCCCCUUGUUCGAUCGAGGCCUCUGAGUAUGUGCAUUUGGAAUAA